AUGGCGAAGGUGGAAGUCCAAAUACGACACUGUUUUUGUUGUGGCCUACAUAUUGGAUCGUUUUUUGUAGCUAUCUACUCGUUGUUAGUGUUUUUGUUACUCGGUAGUUUGGCCUUGUACGGUUUAUCAGACUUGACCCAAAACGGUGACAAGUUGUACGAUGACUGUGAGAAGGAAGCUUUGGGUGUGAUUAGAACUGGUAAGUCAAUAUUUGAAGUAAAAUUUAUGAUUUAUGGACAUACAGAAAAAAUAUUUUCGUAUUUUACAAUGCUUUUUUUAAAUUUCAAAAUCUAUAAUAUUUUUUUUUAAAAAACUUCAUUUCUUAUUAAACUUAACGUUAAAUUAUUCAAAAACUUUGAAUUUUAAGAAAGUCUAAUUAAAAAAGAACGUAUUUUACAUAAUUUUAGACAACAGAAAGCUUCACUUCCACGAAGGCCAUACGACAGUAAUCGUCGAGGACUCUGGCUCUUACCAUUGCACCUUUGGGUUGUAUACUGAAGAACUCAAGUUUGGACAAGAUAGUAAGUCAAUUUAUUUUGAUUCUUUCAAAACUCGUCGGGAAUCUUUUGGAUAUAAAAUUUUUGACCAUCAAAAACGUUUUGAUAUUCACCUUGCCAAAACAAAAUCGUGAUUUCUACCAUUUUAUCUUAAAGUUCGUGUAGCCAAUCGAAUUUGUUCGAUCAAAAAGGUCUAUGAUCCGUUAUUGCUACCUAAAACAAUUUCGGUUCACCGAUAAUAACAUACAUAUUAAAAAUAGACGAAAACCGCCAAACUUAAAUUUCUGCUUGCAGUAACAAAUCUCCAAAAGCAUUUACACUAUAGUUUACCAGCAAAAAAUGGAGUUCCAAAUGUGAAAGAGUAUUUGCCACAAUAUUAUUUUCGAAAUUUGUCAAUUAAUACUCUGCUGCAGAAUAACAUCAGAAUUCUGGCCGGGCAUAAAAAGCCAAAUUUCCAAUAAAAACAUGCCAAGUCGGCUCUGAAAAAAAAACGAAUUUUUACUAUACGUAAACUGAAGAACUCAAUUUAGACACAUUAUAUUCAUAAUCAGCACAGUAAAUAGACAAAAAAUGGGGUUAAAUCGAAAUAUUCCACCAAUCCGCAAGAAAAAAAAUAAUUUUCUCCCAAACUAUUAUUUUGUUUUUUUUUGGGUCUCCACACGAUAUUGAUCUGCAUGGCGGGAAUCUUUUCUAAUGUUGAGGAAAUGCGUAUUUAGGGCGAGGCAGGGUAGAAGUAGGUCCUUAAAUUAAAUGUGCAUGGUGGAAAAAAAUUUAAAAAAUAAAAAUCAAAUUUAAAACAUAAAAUAUAUAAUAAAACAUCAAAUGUCAGUAUAAAAUACGUAAUAAAACUUCAAAUUGCAGUCCGCUUCUUCACGUUAUGGUUUGACAUCGGUCUGUACGCUCUACUAGUCCUAGCUUCGGUCAUUCUGUUGAUUGGCUUGUGUGCCUACAACCACAUCUUGUUGUUUCCAUGGAUCUUGCUGAUGGCUGUUGAAGUCAUCCGAGGAAUCAUUUCUACUGUUCUUAUCUUUGUUUAUAGUCAUGUAGGUUGAUGUUUUGUUUCAUAGUAAUGUAGAUUAAUGUUUUUAAUAUUAAUUAUGAGAUUCAGAUAUAUUGAUUAUCUUUGUUAUUUCAGGGCAACUUGGCUCGUAUUGCCACAGGCAUUUUCUUCUUGGGUGUUCAGUGCUUCCACGUAAGUUUUCAGUGUUCUGCCUAUAACUGUCAUUUUCUCUUUGACUAUAGCUUAGAGUUUUGUAAAAUACGAUCGAUAAAAAGUGACGAAAAGCAUAUUUUAGAUUUCCAUCUUAUUGGUCAUCAUAGCCAAGGCACAGAAGAUUUACAACAGAAAGCAUGGUAUUCCAACUGAACCUGUAAGUCAAUAGGGAGGGUAGGGCGUUUCUUAAAGCUGGAAAGGGCAAUUAAUAUUAAGGUACGAUAGAAAUUAAACUCUUUGUCACUAACCUUUAACACUCUUCCUUUACUAUAGUAAAACAUUCUUUGUUACAGUAUGACCACCGUGCCGUAUACCCAACCACCACAUUGCCAUCAAACUACGCCUACUCUCCUCAAGUACCUCGGUCCAACCGUGACCCAUACCCAUACUCUGACUACUCGCCUUCACAAAAGAACGCCCCCUACUACGAUCCUACCUAUGCUACACAUCAAUCUCGGUAUUAA